UUGGAUAGUCUGCUUGACUCUUGCUUACAAAAUUACUUACACCUACAUGAUGCGCAGUUCGGUUUCCGGCCCGGACUAUCGACUGAAAGCGCAAUUUUGAGCCUCAAGCAUACUGUGCAAUAUUACACAGACCGGAGAACUCCUGUUUACGCCUGUUUUCUGGACCUCUCCAAGGCCUUCGAUCUCGUCUCAUAUGAUGUACUUUGGAGGAAGAUGGAGGACAGGGGUAUUCCAGCAGAGAUAAUCAAUAUCUUUCGGUAUUGGUAUGCAAAUCAGACCAAUCAUGUUAAAUGGUCAAACAGUCUCUCCGAGUCGUACAGAUUGGAGUGCGGAGUGAGGCAGGGAGGGUUAUCGUCUCCGAAGCUCUUCAACCUGUAUGUUAACGAUCUCUUAGUGGAGCUCAGCAGCAUGCGUGUUGGAUGCCGUGUGGGUGGUGUUUGUAUCAAUAGCAUCAGCUAUGCGGAUGACAUGGUGUUGCUGGGUCCCACUGUAAAUGCGAUAAGAGAGAUGUUGAAGGUCUGCGAGACUUACGCUGCCUCGCAUGGUCUCGUAUACAACACUGAAAAAAGUCAAUACAUGGUCUUUAGGGUCGCUGGCAGGUGUCCGGAAUCUAUCCCUGCAAUAAACUUAAAUGGAUCGGAGCUAAAGCGGGUUUAUCAGUUUAAAUACCUAGGGCAUAUUCUUGCCGACGACCUUAGGGAUGAUCUAGACAUAGAGAGGGAGCGUAGGGCUUUGGCGGUGCGCGGCAAUAUGCUGGCUCGUAGAUUUGCCCGCUGUUCGGACCAGGUCAAGAUAACAUUAUUUAAAGCGUAUUGCCAGGGUCUGUACACGGGUGGUCUGUGGAUUAGGUAUGCCAAAAAAUCGUUAAACACCCUGCGAGUCCAGUACAAUAACAUUUUCAGGAUGAUGUUGGCACUCCCCCGCUUCUGUAGUGCUUCUGGCAUGUUUGCACAGACCAGAACUGAUGGUUUUCAUGCCAUAGUUCGGAAAAAAGUAGCGUCGCUGAUAGGAAGGAUACGGAGAAGUGACAACAGCAUCCUGAGAACGGUGGCAGAUGAUCCGCAUGCGCCUAUUGUGAGGCACUUCGUGCGAACGAUGACUCAUACAGAGGAUGGUUAUUCUUCUAGGUGUCGACCGCACGGAGUGCCUCUCAGGUACAUGACAAAUUAG